CAUCAUCAUCAUCAUCACCUCCCCCCACAAACACCACUACCAUCCUCAUCACCAUCAACUACAUCAACCCCCCCAACACAAACACACCAAGCUCCAACCUCAUCCUCCCCAAAAAAAAAUCACCCUCUCUCUGUCUCUUCUUCCCCAAGUCUGAAACUUUCCCAUACCCUGACACACUCCCUGCAAUAAAAUAAUCUCCAAAACCUUCAUCUUUUUAUAUUCCCUCACUGCAAAAAGUUCAUCUUCAAACCCAAAAUUGCUGCCACCUCCAACUCAAACACAUAACAUACCAACAAAUUUAUUAUCUUUAUUUUUAUUCUUAUUAUAACUAUCAUCAUCACCACCACCAUCAUCAUAUUUAUAUAUUUUGUUCUACAUAUUUUGAAUAUUUGAAUAUUUAAAUAUAUGCUAGCCGGCGAUGCCGACGUCGGUAAGCGCAGCGAGGCAAUGUUUGACAGAUGAAGCGGCGCGUGCACUUGACGACGCGGUUUCAGUUGCCCGCCGUCGCAGCCACGCGCAGACGACGUCGCUCCACGCGGUUUCCGCCCUGCUCUCACUCCCAACCUCCGCUCUCCGCGACGCGUGCGCGCGUGCCGGCAGCUGCUCCUACUCGCCGCGCCUCCAGCUCCGCGCCCUGGAACUCUCCGUCGGCGUCUCCCUCGACCGGCAAACAACCUCCAAAUCCGCCAACGACGGCGGCGACGACGGACCUCCGGUGUCGAACUCGCUCAUGGCAGCCAUCAGGCGCGCGCAGGCCAACCAACGCCGCCACCCGGAGAGCUUCCACCUCCUCCAGAUGAUGCAGAACCAGAACCAGAGCCAAACGGCGUCGUUGCUGAAAGCUGAGCUCAAACACUUCAUCCUCUCGAUACUCGAUGACCCAAUCGUGAGCCGCGUCUUCGCUGAAGCUGGAUUUCGAAGCUACGACAUCAAGCUCGCUCUGCUUCAACCGCCACCACCACCGGUGUUUUCUUCUUCUUCCGCUUCCUCUUCUUCCAGAUUCUUCUCUCGGGCCCCACCGGUUUUCCUAUGCAACAUCGACCCGGCCCGGUCGGGUUUUCCGUUUGCCUUAUCCGGGUCCGACGAUAAUUCACGGAGGAUUGCGGAGGUUCUUGCUCGGAAGAGCAAGAGGAACCCGCUCUUGAUGGGUGUUUAUGCGAAGAGCGCUCUUCGGAGCUUCAUGGAGUCUGUUCAAAUGGGUAAAGCUGGGUUUCUGCCUCGUGAGCUUGCUGGGUUGGGUGUGAUUUCCAUUGAGAAGGAGAUUUCUGAGUUUGUUGGUGGUGGUGGGAGCGAGGAGAAGAUGGGGUUGAAAUUUGAGGAAGUGGGUCGUUCUGCUGAGCAAUGUUCAGGGCCUGGUGUUGUGGUGUGCUUAGGGGAGAUUGAAGUUUUUGUUAAUGGUGGCGGCGGCGGCGGUGGUGGUGUUGGAUUCAUUGUUUCGCGGUUGAAGAGGUUGUUGGAGGUUCAUGGUGGGAAGGUGUGGUUGGUCGGAUUGGCGGGAACUUCAGAUGGCUAUUCUAAGCUUCUGGGGUUGUUCCCUACACUUGAUAAGGAUUGGGAUCUUCAUGUCCUGACUGUGACUUCUGCUACCCCUUCAAUGGAAGGACUCUACCCUAAAUCCAGCUUGAUGGGGUCGUUUGUUCCAUUAGGUGGGUUCUUUUCUACACCUUCUGAUUUCAGAAAUCCCUGUGCAAAUGCUUCUUUAGCAUGUAGUGACACAUGCAAUGAAAAGUGGGAACAAGAACAUGCUGAUACUGUGAAGGUAGGCCCUGCCACUUCAACUUGUGGUGGUCACUCAACAAGCUUGCCUUGGUUACAAAAAGUGAAUGUGGAGACAGAUAGAGGAUUGGAUUUAGCAAAGACUAAUGAAGAGAACACAAGUACAAAUCCUCAAAUCUCUGGAUUGCAAAGGAAACAGAGUGAUAUUUGUCAUGGUCUUCGUCAGAACCGAUCAUUACCUGCAAUUGAUACGUCCCAAACAAGGUUCCAAGCUCCAUUCCAUGAGGGAUUUCGGCAUGGUUCAGGUGUUAACCAAAGUUGUUAUACAAGUCCAUCAUCCCUUAAUGAAGUACAAUGUUCUGGCCAAACUUUGUAUGUGUCUAAGGAGUUACAAACUGCAUUCCCAUCUAAACAGAUGUUACCAGUUUCAGCACCUUUAGAUACUGUUAGUGUCAAUGAUGAAGUUAACCAUGCAACAAAAAGUGACAUGCAAAGUACUUGGGUUUCAUCCCUUACUCCUGUUACCACAGAAUUGGUAUUAGGAACUAAAUACUCGUCAGCUGCUCAUGAACCAGAUACCCCGAAAGGGAGUGAUCAUAGGAUGCAUCCUCAGCACUUAUCCGACUCGCUCUCAACUGAUUUUGAUGCUAUGAAUGAGAGUGCUUCACACCAAAUUGCUAGAUCUUCUUCUUGCUCAGGUCCACAUUUGGAAGGGAAAUUUGAAACAGUUGAUUUCAAGUCACUUUACCAACACAUCAUUGAAAAAGUUGGCCGGCAAGAUAAGGCUAUAUAUGAUAUUACAAGAACUAUAUCACUUUGUAGAUCUGGUGUUGGAAAGCGUAGCGGAUCACAUGUUAGAAGAGAUGUAUGGCUUGCUUUCCUUGGACCAGAUAGGCUUGGAAAGAGGAAAAUUGCUUCAGCACUUGCAGAGAUUUUAUUUCAAAACAGACAAAGUGUGAUCACUGUGGAUUUGAGCUUCCAGGAAAGUACUUACCAGUCAAACUCGACUUUCGAAUUCCAAAAUUCAUGUUGUCAUGAUGUGCUUAGGAGGAAGAUAGUUGUGGACUACAUUGCUGGGGAGUUGAGUAAAAAGCCUCAUUCAGUUGUCUUUCUUGAAAAUAUAGAUAAGGCUGAUUUUUUGGUGCAGAGUAGUUUAUUCCAAGCAAUAAGAACAGGUAAAUUUCCAUACUCGCUCGGUAGGGAAAUAGGCAUCAACAAUGCAAUCUUUAUUGUGACGUCGACCGUGUUUAAAGGUAAUGGCUCUUUUCAUUUGGCGGAGGAGCCUAAAAUGUUUCCUGAGGAAAGAAUCCUUGAAGCUAAAAGAUUUCAAAUCCAAUUAUCACUUGGACAUGCUUCUGAGGAUGCCAGAAGAAGCGGUAGCAAAAACGUGAAGGUUGCACAGAGAAAAGGGAGUUUCAAAGCAACAUUUCUGAAUAAAAGAAAGCGAAGUGAAGGAAAUGAUUCCAAAUGCAAGACACAAAAACAGGUAAGGGAGGCAUCAAGGUCUUAUCUGGAUCUGAAUAUGCCUCUAGAGGAGGUUGACGAGGAUAAUAAUGACAGUGAUUGUGAAAAUCAAUCCAUGGUUGAAAAUUCUGAAGCCUGGUUAAGUGAUUUCUGUGAUCAAAUUGAUGGAGAAGUGGUUUUUAAGCCAUUCAAUUUUGAUUCCCUUGCCGAGCAAGUAAUAGAAUGUGUUGAGACACGAUUUCAAAGGACAUUUGGAUCAGAGUUUCUGCUGGAAAUUGAUUAUGAGGUCAUGGCACAGAUACUUGCAGCUGCAUGGUUAUCGGACAAGAAAAAAUCUGUGGAGGAUUGGAUUGAGCAUGUUGUUGGAAGAAGCUUUGCCGAGGCGCGGCAGAAGUACCAUCACCACCACCCUGCAGCUGAAUAUGUCAUGAAACUGGUUAACUGUGAAAGCAUUUUUGUGGAAGAGCAAGCUCUAGGAGUGUGCCUUCCAGCUAGAAUUAACUUAAACUGAAUUUUUGGUCACUUAUGUAUUGUAAUUACUUGUAAAAUGUAGAAUGUAGGAUAUAUAGCAUUUGGUAGUUGAUAUCA